AUGAUUUUAGUUGGUGUGCCAUCUACACGUUCUCUUAGUUUCUUUAUCAUGUCACAGAAAGCAAGCAUGCAAACCCUUACAAAAAAUAACAACAUACAAAUGCCUAAACAACUGGACUAUAAUGAUGGUGAGUCAGUUACGAAAAAAGCAAGUGGGUUAAUACGAUUUCGUAAGGGACAGUCUGAGGAAGACUACAAUUUUCAAAAGGAGCAGUUCUGGUCCACGGGUCCUUUAGUACAGAAUCACACAUUUGUGACUGAAUUUGUUGAAAAGUUUAUUGAAAACACAAUUAGUGAAGAUUAUUCAAUCACAGAUCGAUCGAAAAUAGAACGUGAAACAAUCAUACACGGAUUGGAGAAGCUGUAUUUUCAAAGGGAAUAUGAGCGAUGUCUAAAAGAUGUUCAACUAUUGAAGGACAAUAUCGAUAAGUUCAAUCCUAAUUUGGAUCUUAAUGCAAAGAAGAAUAAGAAUUUGAAAAGAAUUUAUAAUGAGCUGAAUUAUAUUUCUUCGAUGUGCAUCAAAAAGAUCCAUGAAAGUAACGAAAAGAAACUGGGGGAAAUCUAA